AUGGAAAUUCAACUUGGCUCUUCGGCCAGUAUCAUCGCGGCUGCCAAACUGAAGGCUAAUGAACUUACUUCAGCGCUGGCGAUCGGCACGCGGUUUGGGUCCGCCUUCACUCGGUCAGAAGAUGCACGAUUGUUCGAGAAUCUUGCUACGGCAGCCGGUGUUCGCGUCCAAGAGCUUCCACCAUGGUUGCAGCGAGUCCACUUCACCCGCACUACACUGAUGCACGGCGAGAACAUGAGACACAUUGCCGGUAUUACUACCAUGAGCUCUAUUGAGCCGAGCAGCUUGGAGGGCCUCGCGACAUUCAUCACAUUAUGUUGCCAGUGGACACAGACACCACAUGUAACCUCACGCCGUUUGGUCCGAGAUCUUAUCACCGGAGAACUAGGUCCGGUUGUGCACCCCGGCUCACUUCGAAAGCCGCUCGGUGCCACUGCUUCAAAGCUUGAGACUUUGUUGGAUAAAUUCAUCCGGGCCACGAUGGAAUCUGACGCGAAGUCGCCUCAGUCAAUGGAAGUGCAGAAUAUGCUAGCCGAGCUAUCAGUCAAGGCAGGCCGCGUCUCAUUUGAACCAUUUCGGUCUGAUCGACUUCUCGCCUCCGAUAGGAGAAUGCUUACCAGUCUGCUGGCGGGCGGCUCCGAAACAGCCUCACAGUCGAUUGUGGCUGAUCGUAUGCUACAAGAUGCCUCGCUCGAGUACCAUCUUCACAAGGCCGCGUACACGACACCGUUUCUGUAUCCUCGGCAUCAAUAG